AUGGUAGACAGCGAUACGAACUCUCCGACAUGGAAGUUCACGCAGUGCUUCGGCGACAAAGGCGAUGUGGAAGAUAUUACUGAAGCCGAUAUCAUCUCCACCGUUGAAUUCGACCAUACCGGCAACUACCUAGCAACGGGAGACAAGGGUGGACGUGUUGUACUUUUCGAACGGAAUGAGACAAAGAAGACAUGCGAAUACAAGUUCCACACAGAGUUCCAGUCCCACGAACCCGAGUUCGACUAUCUCAAGUCCCUUGAGAUCGAAGAGAAGAUCAACAAGAUCAAAUGGUGUCGUCGACAAAAUGCAUCCCAUUAUCUUCUGUCGACUAAUGACAAGACUAUUAAGCUAUGGAAAGUCUUCGAAAAGUCACUAAAGGUUGUCGCGGAGAACAACUUGUCGCACGACCUCACCCCAAGCAAUGUCGCCGGCGGCGGCGGCACCCAGAGCGACGCCUCCCAUCUCACCGUGCCGCGACGGACAUACGCCAACGCUCACGCGUAUCACAUCAACAGCAUAUCGGUGAACAGCGACGGCGAAACCUUCAUCAGCAGCGACGAUCUUCGCAUCAACCUUUGGAAUCUCAACAUCCAGGACCAAAGUUUUAACAUUGUCGACAUCAAGCCCGCAAACAUGGAAGAGCUUACGGAGGUCAUCACUGCCGCCGAGUUCCACCCCCAGAGCUGCAACUGGUUCAUGUAUGCGAGCUCGAAAGGCACUAUCAAGCUGGCUGACAUGCGCGAAAGUGCCUUGUGCGACCAGCAUGCAAAGUUGUUUGAGCAAGAAGAGGAUCCUUCAUCUAGGUCGUUCUUCUCCGAGAUUAUCUCAUCCAUCUCGGAUGUGCGUUUCUCCUUCGACGGACGCUACAUCCUUUCACGCGACUAUCUGACAGUCAAGAUCUGGGACAUAAACAUGGAACGACAACCUGUGAAGACAAUUCCGAUCCACGAACACCUGCGACCUCGCCUUUGCGACACAUAUGAAAAUGACAGCAUUUUCGACAAGUUUGAGGUCGUUUUUUCUGGCGAUGCCAAGAAUGUAAUGACAGGCAGUUACAACAACAACUUUAUGAUCUACCCUACGGAUCCCGAGAAGGAGGUUGAAGUCGUGUUGCAGGCCGACAAGUCAGCCUUCAAAGCGAAGAAGGUUGGCGUGCCAACACCGAUCAACGCAGCAACCAGCCCUACGUCGACAAACGGGAAAAAGAGCGGAUCGCGUGCUGGUAGCCCAGCUGCUGGGGCCCAGGGUCAGAGAAUGCGUAAGGAGACGGAUGCUGACCAAAUCGACUUCAACAAGAAAAUUCUGCAUAUGAGCUGGCAUCCUUUCGAGGAUAGUAUUGCCAUCGCAGCAACGAACAAUCUCUUCGUCUUUUCGGCCCUGUAAGCUAUACGAAUUGCAUCGUCGAAAGGCUAUCCGUGCUGGGCCGCAUCAUGUGGCGCAUGCUGUCAGUGUCCGUGGUCCAGAUAUCGUCGAUCUCCCGACAGCUAAUAGAUCAUGCUGCAUGGGUCUUGUCAUUGUGAGCACAACCUUAGCUAAAAGAAUGUGUGCACCGUCAGCGGACGAACGUGGUUCUUCCGAUUCGGCUGUCUUCAUAUGAUACAAGCUAUAUUGGCAGACACAGGGUCGAGUAGAUGAAGAGAGGGGGGCCUGGCUGAGAAGACACGUCUGCCAGAUACAGCUGUGCACACCUAGUGAGCAUGCUUACCAAGGUGCUCUCUCUUCCGCCCCUCAGUAGCGACUUGAUAGCGAAUAAGCCUAAAGCAAAGUUCAUGACAAGAACAACUCUAC